AUUUCAAAUUUCACCCUUCUGUAAAGAGACAGCGACUACCUUCUGCGUAGUUGCGGCAGACUGGCGGACGAGCUGAGGUGCGGUGCUGGAGUGACGACCGGAAGCCGGCGGUGGAGAGAAGUCAAAACUUCAUCCUUGCUAUAUCUUCUCCCUCUCGUCGUAAGCAGAGGUAGGGAGGUAGGAGGCUUGCACGGCACUUCCAGCCCAUAAAAGAGUGCAAAAGAUUCAGCACAGCCUCAAUCACAUCUAACCGUGUCUCAGGGCUGUCGAAUCAGAGUAUAGCGCAGAACCAUGAAAUUUAACGCAACUGAUGAUGUCUUGGAAGAGCUUCUCAACAUUGAAGUUGAGCUUCAAGAUGUCCAAGACCAAAUAAAGUUAUUGCUUGAUCAACAAGAGAAAUUGCAAAACAGACAAUCUGAACUUAAGGCUUGGUUAGAAAGCCAUGAAUCAUCUAGAAGCAGCUCUUGCAAUGAUAACACUACUGUUUCAAGAGAGAACUGGUCGAGACCAUUCCCAUGGGAUUCUCAAGCUGAUGAUAUUAGGUUCAAUGUUUUUGGAAUAUCCAAAUACCGUGCUAAUCAGCGAGAGAUUAUUAAUGCAAUCAUGUCUGGAAGAGAUGUCCUGGUAAUUAUGGCUGCUGGUGGGGGAAAGAGUCUGUGUUACCAACUCCCAGCAGUUCUCCGAAAUGGAGUGGCUCUUGUUGUCAGCCCUUUGCUUUCUCUUAUUCAGGAUCAGGUUAUGGGGUUGACUGCAAUAGGCAUCCCAGCUUUCAUGUUGACCUCACUGACAACUAAGGAUGAUGAGAAGUUCAUAUACAAGGCCCUUGAAAAGGGUGAAGGAGAGCUUAAGGUUUUGUAUGUCACACCAGAAAAGAUAUCAAAGAGCAAAAGGUUUAUGUCAAAACUCGAAAAGUGUCACAAUGCUAGUCGUCUUUCCUUGAUUUCCAUUGAUGAGGCACAUUGUUGCAGCCAAUGGGGUCAUGAUUUCCGUCCUGACUACAAGAAUCUCGGAAUAUUAAAGACUCAGUUUCCUAAUGUCCCCAUGGUUGCCUUGACUGCCACUGCUACUAGGAAAGUGCAAGAUGAUCUGAUGGAGAUGCUUCAUAUUCCAAGAUGCAUAAAAUUUGUUAGUACAGUGAACAGGCCAAACCUCUUUUAUAUGGUACGAGAGAAGUCAUCCAUUGGAAAGGCUGUCAUUGAUGAAAUUGCAGAAUAUAUUCAAACAUCAUAUCCGAAUAAUGAAUCUGGGAUAGUGUAUUGCUUCUCCAGAAAGGAAUGCGAACAGGUUGCUCGUGAGUUGCAUCAAAGAGGAAUUUCAGCUGAUUAUUACCAUGCUGAUAUGGAUGUAUAUGCUCGUGAAAAAGUUCAUCUAAGGUGGAGCAGUGGAAAGCUACAGGUUAUUGUUGGAACGGUGGCGUUUGGUAUGGGGAUCAACAAACCUGAUGUCAGGUUUGUUAUCCAUCACAGCUUAAGCAAAUCAAUGGAGACUUACUACCAGGAAAGUGGUCGAGCUGGAAGAGAUGGACUUCCUUCAGAAUGUGUACUUUACUUUAGGCCUGCUGACGUUCCCAGACAGAGUUCAAUGGUCUUCUAUGAAAAUUCUGGAUUAAAAAACCUUUACAGCACAGUAAGAUAUUGUCAGUCUAAAAGAGAGUGUCGCCGAAGUGCCUUCUUCCGGCAUUUUGCUGAAGCUUUACAAGAUUGCAAUGGAAUGUGUGACAACUGUGCUUUCUCAUGUGAGGUGAAAGAAUUGGAUGUCUCUGGUCAUGCAAAACUUAUUGUUUCUUUUGUCCAAGAAGUGCAAGAAACAGAUCAGAGGGUGACAAUGUUGCAGUUGGUGGAAAAAGUUAAGGGUUUGCUCAAUGGUAUAGUUCCCGAGCUAAAAAGAGAUGAGCUGGAGCAAGUUGUGAUUCAGCUUAUAGUAGACCAUGUUUUGAAAGAAGAAUUUCAGCAUACUGCUUAUGCUACGAAUGCUUAUGUCAAAGUAGGACCACUUGCAAAGCAAUUAUUGCAAGGGGAGAAAGUUAUUAAGCUUGAAGUUUCUAAUAAACAAGUGGGUAGCUCAAAUUUCAUAAAAUCAUCCAAAAGAAGCAGAUCUUCUGGAUUGGAAUCUAUGCUUGAUGAACUACGAAAGGAACUCGCUGCCAUCCACGGAUCAAUGUUUCCACACUCUGUAUUAUCAACACAACAGAUGUGCACUAUUAGUAUGCAGAAACCAGAUUCAGUGGAAGAGUUGGAGAAGAUAAUUGGAAAAUUGAAGGUUGAGAAAUAUGGAAGCAGAAUUCUUCAAGAAAUAAAAAGUUACGAGUCCAAGCCUGAAGCUGUGGAAAGUGUAGAUGGUGAACAGGGUGCUUCAAAAAAAUUGAAAAGUGGAAAAAAAGCUUUAGUAGUCAUUGAGAGCAGUGAAGAAGAGCUGUGAACCAUGAACUGUACUGACUGAGGGCGAAGAGACUUUUAAAAGCAAAGCUACACUUUAUUUUAUUUUAGUUGUGUUUGCAUUAUCAGCAGAGUAUAUAUAGAUGGCUUUGGUAAUGGCUCGAAACUGUAGCAAUUGGUCUUUGCUAGUUCUCUCAGACUAUGGGAUUUCAUUUGGUAUA